GAAGUUAAAGUAAUGGGGAAAUUAAGUAACUUUACAUUAGCACGUGCAGUGCGCGCUUUCGGAAGUUUAGGAAAUGUAUCUUAUUCUCGUAAUUAGUUAUCAGUUUUUAUUGCUACGUUUAUUUUCGUCUGCUAGCAAACAGCCGGCACCAGCGCAGACUCCAGAGUAGGCCUGCUGCAGUAGUAAAACGAAAUGUCGGUCUGUAAACCGUCUGUUGUAUUUGUCUACAUAUUUGACAACGUUUGUAUUUUUAGCUCGAUGUGGCCCUGGUUUUAACGAGCUAACAUAUAGCUUUGUUUGUUGAACUGGCCUGACUGAACGCGACCCUGAAUACAAUCUGUACCUGCAGCUGGAUAUUUCUCCAGAUGUUUUAGUUGAUUUUUCAUUACUGUGCAGAGAUGCGCUGUUUGGGUUUUAUGAUGUCUGCAAUUCAAAGCAAAAACAGUAUUGCCGUAUAAAUAUUUUUGUAUCGUUUUGGCUAAAUGUAAUAUUGAGAAAAGGAACAGUUUCAAAGCUGUCCCUGCAAAACAUUCAGCACCUGAACCAAAACCUUAAUGACUCUUAAUAUAUGAACUGAACAAGGCUGCGUCUUGUCCUUUGGUAGAAGGUCUGUACCUGCAGGAAGCGGACAGCAUGCUGCAGCUGCUGUGUGCUCCCUCUCAGCACCGCACUGACAUACUGGCAUGGAUCUGCAGCAGUAUCAACCCAAACUUUGCCAAUUCCAAGGCGAUGUCGGUGAGAUCUAAAGACCCAGACGUUUUGACUAAAGAAAUGGCUGUGUUUGGGCAGGAGCUGAUGCUGUGCAAAGCAGAGGACCUGGACCUGAUCAGGGGCGAUGCGAGUCCUCACAGGCAGCUUCAGUUCCUGGAGCAGCUUUUAGCUCUAGUCCCUGGCUGCGAGAAGUCCGCUGGGCACAGAACGGACUCAGAGAUGCUACUGAACGAGCUCUACGCUGCCGAGAACCUGCCGCACCUCACACAAACGCUCAAACCCACACUCGACCCCUGGCCCGCACACAUCAAGGCUUUACGCAAGGGCGCCAAGUCCUCUUAUAAGCCAGGUGGAGAAGAGGCUGCCGAUGUUGCCGGCCUUCUACAGCUGACUCAGACAGCACUGGAGCAGCUACAGUCGGAGUGUGAAUUCCUGAACACUGAGGCGCAGAGUCCUGGCGUCUUCUCUCCGAGCUCGUUGCGUGUGGCGGCGUGUGACCUCCAGCAGCUGAUGGCUACUUUCAGCCAUGUUUACGAAACAGACUUGAGAGCUUACUGCAGCAGAGAUCCCCCCAGCUUCAGCACAGAGACCGACGUCUUCCAGAGAAUACACCAACUCCUGCUGGCCUGCAUCACGGAGUUAGAAAUGCUAAAUGAAGUAUCAGAAGCUUCUGUGUCCAUGAACGAGGACGUAAACCAGCUCCAAACACAGCCUUGCUACUGGAGCCGAGGAGAGAAGCGCACGUUACCGGACCAAUUGGAGGAACUUACCAGGCAAAUUAGAGACUUUUUCUUCCUGCUUCAGUCCUGAUGGCGUCCCUUACGUCGUCACCAUCAGGGUGAAAGUAGAUUGGCUGCUGAAGUGAGCGCCGCAGUAAUACUGGGACGAGAGUCUGAUCUGUGGUUGUGUUAAAAAGUCAAACAGAAUUGUGACCAAAAACAAGUUUGAGUAGGUUAAGCAGCGACCGCCACCGUCUUUCUCUGUCUGGGAACUAACGCUGUCUGACGGGAGUCGUGCACACGCGUAUUAUUAUUCUAACUUCAGUCAGACUGAGGACAGGCUCUGUGUAAUCGUUCACAUCACAAUCCUGCCAUCAGUAUAUUCCUCGUAAUUAACAUGUUUUGCUCUACAGUAAUGAGCUGACGUGAUGGUGUCUGUUCUGUUGGUCUAAUAGUAAUUGUCUAAUCGCACUUCAACACUCCUCCUUUUGUUUCUCACCCUGUUUGCACCUAAAUAUGCAUAUUGUAUUACUGAAUAAAUGUAACGUUUUAAACUUUGUAA